AUGCAUUUCAAGUUGGCUGGUAGUGUAACUAAAACAUGUAAUAAUAAUAAUACGGUUGACACUUUGAAGGCUGGAGAUAUGGGUUUGAGGAAAAGCUUUCGAUUUCAUCUAAUUGAUUCUCACUUAUGGCAAGUGGCCAUGGUAUUUUCCGGUGUCGUCCUUCAUGUUUCAAAUUCAUCUUCGCUUAAGGUUGGCUUGUUGCUUGACAAAUCAGCGCCCGCUGAGCUUGAAACUGAGUUUGUCUCAAUUUUGAAUUUUGUAAAUGGAAACAGCUCCCUUCAUCCAAGUGUUGUACUGGAGGCUGUAGUCUUUAGAUGGGAUCCACGACAGCCCCCUGGGAUUUGCUUUUCGAGGCUUCGUAGUGAAUUUCUGGAGAAAAAUAUGAGUGCAAUAGUGUCCUUGCUCGCUGAAGAGAAAGACCGUCAACUUCUGGUCUCGUUGGUCGAGGACUACACGGUUCCCGUUCUUGGACUAGCGAAUGUUGAACCUGUUUUACCAAAGACAAAAAAGGUUGGUGGCAAUCUUCAACUGUCCCUGCUGCCUUCUGAAGCCCUCUACGCCACUGUCAUCCGGGACCUUUUGCUCGAAUACGAAGAAAGUCAUUUUUCCUGCUUCACCACAAAACAGGCCAAACAGGAUCCAUUCUGGUUUUACCUGUUUCAGCACGUGACUGAUUCAAAAGCGAACAGCAGCGCCGGCUUCCCUCGGUGUAUACUUCUGGAGGAGGGGCGAAUGAUUGAACAGAUUUACGAAGCGAUUCUAGCUAUCCGUGCAAAUGGCGUCAAAAUACUUAUUGUUCACGUCUUUCCUCAGAACAGUGAAAGCAUGCUCAAUAUUACACAGAGACUGAGUUUGCAUAAUUUCAACGAUGAUUUCACAUGGAUAUUUACAGAGUCGGCUAUGAUCACCGACCCUGGCGGACUUCCGAAUCGAGCAAUCGGGAUUUCUAGAGCAUUCCGAAAAAAUGCACAUAAUCAGAUGGAGGAUCCGCUGGUCACUCUGCGCCGUGAUGUGAUGGUCGACGCUACGCAAGUGCUUAUAAAUGCCCUAAGCUCUUCCUUAAGGGGGGUUCCUCGAGAACGGCUGAUCUCUUGGUGUGAGGAGGGUAUGCCCGCGGGCUCAAGAAUGGAACUCUACAGGAAGAUGACUAGCGUUAACCUCAAGGGAAGAACAGGUCCUCUGGAGUUCUCAUCGACUGGUGCUCGACUGGUUUAUCAAUUCGCCAUCGCACAAGUCACAGAGUUGCAAGCAGGUGUCAAGCACUGGGAGAAGAAAGGCGUCGCACACGCUCACUCAACGACUAUACUCCAGCCACGAGUCUUCGAAGCUUUUCUAAAACAAGAUCUUCCCCAUCCUAGACGUUUGCGGAUCGUUACCAUUGAGCAUCAUCCGUUUACAAUGCUACGGUCUCCUGAUUUUAGUAAUAAGAUGGGGACUAAGUGUUCUUCCGAGAAUAGUGUGCUAUGUCUGAGGUAUUCCAAAAAUAAACCGAGCGGGCAAGGCCUAAAUGAAUCUCACUUUGAGGAAUUCCAAGAAGUUAUGUGUUGUUAUGGCGUAAUGAUAGAUCUUUUGCUACUUAUCCAAAAACAGAGUGGCUUUACUUUUGAAUUGUACCUCGUUCGAGAUGGUAGAUAUGGAUCUUACGACCCGGAGUUGCGGGAGAUGAAUGGCAUGAUAGGCGAUGUUGCGCGCGGUACUGCAGACAUGGCACUUGCAACUAUCACCAUAACCCAGGAGCGACUUCGGUAUGUAGACUUCACGACGCCAUACGCCGGCAACUCGCUCACAUUCCUUGUCAAGAAACAGCGAAAGUCGACGAAGAGUCCAUUUCCUGAGUGGAUUCAAGAUACUCGACUCAUGAAACCAUUCAGCGUUGAUCUAUGGCUUACGUGCGUCGCUACGUUCCUCUUUGUCGCCUUCACUGUCUGGCUAAUAGAGAAGCUUACGAAAUACAAGAAGAUCCGAUCAGGACUCUUUCUUCCCUUCGAGUACUUGGCGUAUGUCUAUGGCAACAUUUUCCACGUUCCCUUGACGCACAUCCAAGCCAAGACCCAUGCGGUUCCGGUCAUCAUGGUGGUGACGAACUUUGGUGCUCUCGUCCUCGUCAGCUCAUACACCGCCAACCUGCUCGUCUCAUUAAUUGUUGUUGAUGACGUGACUGUUGUUAAAGGCUUAGAUGACAAUAAGCUAAUAAACCCACCUGAUGAUUUCAAGUUUGCAACGAUCCGCGACACAAGUAGCGAGGAUUUUUUCAAGAACAGCCCCAACCGGCGCCUUCGCGACAUUUACGAGAGCAUGAAGGACGAGUCGGUGGGGAACUUCUCCGAGGGUGUGGCACGUGUGCGAUCCGGGGAUCUCACUGCGUUUAUCGCCGAGUCUGACGGUCUGCUCUACGAUAUUACCGAUGAUCCUGACUGCAGUCUCAAACGGGACGGCAAACCACUGGACCUCGCUGGACUCGCACUGGCCCUUAUGAAAAACUCUGCAUGGACCAGCGAGAUCUCCUCCGCUAUUCACAAGAUCAACGCCAAAGACCUCAUCGCCAAAAUCGUGCGGCGCUGGGUGGUUGUUGGUUGUCAAAAGGGCGGGAACCCUGUGGUCGCGUAUAGAAUGAGCCUGGCUGAGUUCGGCGGGUUUGUGUUUAACACCGCUUUAUGUGCGUUGGGUUGCUUCUUCAUCAUGGCCAUCGAGAUUGUUUUCUACAGACGCAUCACGAAGACGCGACAGAGGUUUCAGAUCCCAAAGUCUGAGUCUGCCGCUACAAUAAUGACUUCCAUGUCGGUAGAAAAUAUUUUAAGACAUAAUUUGGAAAGCACCCUUGCUAGAGAGUUGCAUCAAAGAACUAAUGGUGUGCAAGUGGAUUCAAUAUUAGAGGAUAAUGAACCCUAAUAAGCUACGCGAAUACCGCCCCCACCCUCUCACCAAGCCAUUAUCUAUAACCCGAGGUCAAAGCUGCGAGCCACUACUACCAAGGGUAGAAAAGACUUUUUGAAUCCACGCCACCGGUAGAGUGGCGCUAGGAUAGAAAAAACCUACCCAGGGUAAGCGUACCCAGGGUAAACUGUUAAAAUGUAAAAAUCUUCGCUCAUUUUUACUUUUCGCCCACCACCACAGUCACGACUUUUCGCGCCUUUUCACACACUUUACAAAUUACGUAAACUUCGUAAACGCAGAAGUUCAGGAGUUUGAGGAGUUUUUUAUAUUAAAUACAGAGCUCUAGGUGGCAUCGAAAUGAGCGAUACAAAACAUAAAGAAGAUUUUGAGGGCA